CUCUAUACUAUCAAGGUUCCUGAUUGGAUCCCAAAAUCUAUCCCUGAAAGCGAUAUCUGCUUGCAGCACAUCGGAACAUGACGACAUUCUCAUCCAUUCCCCCCUACAUCCUCGGCGGCGCUUGUGUCAGCCGUGGGAUGAUGGCUCUCCUCUCACCACGAAAGGAGUACGGCCACGUCGGUCUUCUUCUUGAAUCUAGCAAAAUCAGCACAGAAGGCGGCUCUGUUUCACCUCUUAUGUACUUCAAGGGUCUUCGUGAGAUAUCAUACGGUCUUACGUUGAUGGCGUUCCAAUAUCAGGGCAAUGAGAGCGCCGUGACGACGUUUUCUGCAAUAUUGUCGAUCGUGAGACUUGGUGAUGGUUUGGUUGUCUGGAUGAAGGGUGGUGAUGAGCUGAGAUAUAAAGCUUCUGGUCAUUGGAUUACAGGACUGGGGUUUGCUGGAUGGGUGAUUUGGAGAUGGAGUUACUAGGAAUUCCAAAGCUGGAGCAGAAGUCACAUUGGCUUGCAGGUACAGACACAGAUUGAUGCUGAAGGUUAGAAAAGUUGCAAUAUUCCUAAAGACGGCUCAGUUCACCGCUUUUCUGGAUAUAAACUAGUGUCUAUUGCGUCUCAUAUGCAUUCUUCCCGAAGUUGUGAG